AUGUACCGGACAGCACGCAACGAGCCCAUCGCGGCUGCUGAGAGUUCCAGUUUUCAGUCGUGCGACCUGGACCUCGAAUCAGACCGCGCCACGCGUGGCUUGGUGAACAUGGGUAACACCUGCUUCUUGAAUGUAGUCGUGCAGGCGCUAACGCACACGCCUCUCCUGCGCGACUUCCUGUUGGCUGAUCUUCAUCGCUGCGAAAACCCCAUGCGUUCGCGGAACUGCCUGGCCUGUGAGAUGAUCCGAAUCACUCAGGAGGUGAGCCAUGUUCUGGGAGAUUUCGCUAACCCAUAG